AUGCCUAAACCAGCCAAGCGUCAGAUUAUCGCUGAUCGUGAGAUCGCUGGCAUUACUAAGUGCGUGCUUGAGGCUGAGAUUGAGCGCAUUUUGUCUCGGGACCAGAAUGCAGAUAAUCAACGCAACAACUCUUCGAGCACAGAGCUCCAUGAGGACAUCGCUUUGAGGACAACUCCAGUCUCUCUCUACAUGAUGCUCUUCAUUACAUUAUAUUCGACGAGUGUCAUCUUCGAGCAAAAUACUUUCAACGAUGACAACAUCCGUAUAGUCUGUAAAUUCAACAAUGCUGUCUGUGCCAGAGCACAGGCAGCACGACCUCGUGGACGACGCGUGGAGAGUCUUGGCUACGUGACGGAGGUUAUCUUUCUGAUCUUGAAAUGUCCGAAUAUGGAUGUCGCAUGGCUUGACCGUCUUGGCGCGUUUAACCUGCAGGUCUCUUUGACACGGGCAUUCAAUGUUAUUGAAGGCACUAAACAUGGGCUGAGGUAAAGACAACAACCGGAAAACAACACAAGCCAUCACACAAAGGCACAGCAGCACAAGAUAGAUGCUCAGUGUCAAUUGAAAAAUCAGACUACUUUGUGAGCAAUCGAAC